AUGAAUCAACAAAUGCAAGAGAUCAAGGCUCAUAACAAGAUGGUUUAUUUACAACUAGCUCAAUUGGUCGAGAGAGUCCCUUUCAACUCACCUUCUACUCUACGCAGACAAUCACAAACUAACCCUUCCAACAUCAGGAAACCCGACUCUUGCAAGGCAAUCACAUUGAGAUCGAGCACAUCCUAUGAGGGUCCUAAGAAGGGGGAUACUAAGAAGGGGAAUAGUGAGGAAAAGAAGGAAGGAGAAGAGAGUGUGGGUGAAGACAAGAAAAUUGAGGAAGAGAAGGUUGUUGAGAAAGAAAAAAGUAUGGAGAAGAAGAAGCUUAGAGAUGAGAAAACAACUUCAACUCCAAGUGAGGCUAGGAAUCUUGAUGGGCCGGUUCCAUUUCCUGGUCGACUUGCGGAGAGGAAAUUGAAUGAAAAGUUUGCAAAGUUCCUUAGUGUAAUGAAAAAUUUGCACAUCAACCUCCCUUUCAUCGAAGUUGUCACUAAGAUGCCUUCAUACUUCAAGUUGCUCAAGAAUAUUCUCACCAACAAGAGGAAGCUCAAUGAUGAGCUCAUCAUUCUUCCCCAUCAAGUGAGUGCACUUGUUCAACAUAAGAUGCCUAAGAAGCAAAAGGAUCCGGGAAGCUUCACUUUGCCGGUAAGGAUUGGGAACAUGGAAGCUAGGGGCGCCUUAGCCGAUCUUGAAGAAAGUGUUAGUUUGAUUCCUCUAUCCAUUGCCUAA